GGCUCCUAGCAAUAUGGGGCUUGUUCCUGCACAACAAGCACACACUCCUCCUCAACCUACAGAACUGCCAAUGUUUACGUGCCCUCGAAGACCAAACAUAGGACGAGAAGGUAGACCGAUCGGUUUGAGAGCUAAUCAUUUUCAAAUUAGUAUGCCACGUGGCUAUGUACAUCACUAUGACAUUAGCAUACAACCUGAUAAAUGCCCUCGGAAAGUUAAUAGAGAAAUUGUAGAAACAAUGGUUCAUGCAUAUACUAAAAUAUUUCAAUCUCGUAAGCCUGUGUUUGAUGGCAGAAAUAACUUGUACACAAGGGACCCCUUGCCUAUUGGGCAUGAUAAAGUAGAAUUAGAGGUCACACUGCCUGGUGAGGGAAAAGACAGAGUUUUUCGAGUGGUCAUAAAAUGGUUGGCACAGGUUUCGCUAUUUGCUUUAGAAGAGGCUUUAGAAGGGCGAACUAGACAAAUUCCAUAUGACGCUGUUCUUGCUUUAGAUGUCGUAAUGAGGCAUUUACCAUCUAUGACAUACACUCCAGUAGGUAGAUCGUUCUUUAGUACGCCAGAAGGAUAUUAUCAUCCAUUAGGUGGAGGUAGGGAAGUAUGGUUUGGAUUCCAUCAGUCGGUGAGACCGUCGCAAUGGAAAAUGAUGUUAAAUAUCGAUGUCUCCGCCACUGCUUUCUACAAAGCGCAACCAGUUAUAGAAUUUAUGUGUGAAGUGUUGGAUAUUCGAGAUAUCAAUGAACAAAGAAAGCCGCUCACGGAUUCUCAAAGAGUGAAAUUUACCAAAGAAAUCAAGGGUCUCAAGAUUGAAAUAACUCACUGCGGAGCUAUGAAGCGAAAAUAUCGAGUGUGUAAUGUUACACGUAAACCAGCUCAAAUGCAAUCAUUUCCAUUGCAACUGGAAAAUGGACAAACAGUUGAGUGUACAGUUGCCAAAUACUUCUUAGAUAAAUACAAAAUGAAAUUGCGUCACCCACACCUUCCUUGCUUGCAAGUCGGUCAAGAACAUAAACACACAUAUUUACCGCUUGAGGUUUGCAAUAUUGUUGCUGGACAACGCUGCAUUAAAAAGUUAACUGAUAUGCAGACCUCGACUAUGAUCAAAGCGACAGCGCGUUCUGCACCAGAUCGUGAACGAGAAAUUAACAAUUUAGUUAGAAGGGCUGACUUUAACAAUGAUUCUUAUGUACAAGAAUUCGGAUUGACUAUAUCAAACAGUAUGAUGGAAGUCAGGGGUCGUGUACUACCUCCGCCCAAACUGCAGUAUGGAGGGCGCGUAAGUUCCCUCAGUGGACAGGUGAGAAACUUUCAACUAAAUCAGUCAGGUAUAGCGAUGCCCAAUCAAGGUGUAUGGGAUAUGCGUGGCAAACAGUUCUUCACUGGAGUGGAGAUAAGAGUGUGGGCAAUUGCUUGUUUUGCGCCUCAAAGAACAGUACGUGAAGAUGCGUUACGUUCAUUCACAACACAACUACAGAAAAUUAGCAAUGAUGCUGGUAUGCCCAUCAUUGGACAACCAUGUUUUUGUAAAUAUGCUACUGGACCAGAUCAAGUCGAACCAAUGUUUCGAUACUUGAAAUCGACUUUUUCGCAACUGCAGCUAGUUUGUGUUGUAUUACCAGGCAAAACUCCUGUAUAUGCUGAAGUGAAAAGAGUAGGAGAUACAUUAUUAGGCAUGGCAACUCAGUGUGUACAAGCAAAAAACGUAAAUAAAACAUCACCGCAGACAUUAUCUAAUCUCUGUCUUAAAAUAAAUGUCAAAUUAGGAGGCAUCAAUAGCAUUUUAGUACCUAGCAUAAGACCAAAAGUGUUUAACGAGCCGGUUAUAUUUCUUGGAGCUGAUGUAACUCACCCGCCGGCGGGAGAUAACAAAAAACCCAGUAUAGCUGCUGUAGUAGGCAGCAUGGAUGCCCAUCCAUCUCGAUAUGCAGCAACUGUUAGAGUUCAGCAGCACAGGCAAGAAAUUAUCCAGGAAUUGAGUUCCAUGGUUAGGGAAUUGCUUAUAAUGUUUUAUAAGAGCACAGGCGGGUACAAGCCGCAUAGAAUAAUUCUAUAUCGCGACGGCGUCUCCGAAGGCCAAUUUCUCACCGUUCUGCAACACGAAUUGACUGCUAUUCGUGAAGCAUGUCUCAAACUCGAGAUCGAUUAUAGACCCGGCAUAACGUUUAUCGUAGUGCAGAAGAGACAUCAUACGCGUCUGUUCUGUGCGGAUAAAAAAGAGCAAAGUGGUAAAAGUGGAAAUAUUCCAGCGGGUACGACUGUCGACGUAUGUAUAACUCAUCCGACGGAAUUCGACUUUUACCUCUGCAGUCAUCAGGGUAUUCAGGGUACAUCGAGACCGUCACAUUAUCACGUUUUAUGGGAUGAUAAUCACUUUGAAAGCGAUGAAUUACAGUGUCUCACGUAUCAAUUAUGUCACACUUAUGUCAGAUGUACGAGAUCCGUUAGUAUACCAGCGCCUGCGUAUUAUGCUCAUCUCGUAGCAUUUCGGGCUAGAUAUCAUCUGGUCGAGAAAGAGCACGAUAGCGGAGAAGGAUCUCAUCAGUCGGGUUGUAGUGAGGAUAGGACACCGGGUGCAAUGGCGCGAGCAAUCACAGUUCAUGCCGACACGAAACGAGUUAUGUACUUUGCAUAAUUCUUAUGUCGAGUUGAACUAUCACCCAGAUCAGUGUUGUUAUCUCUAUGAAGAAACUGUACAUAAUUGCGACUUCGUGACACAAGUGUAAGGAGUUUCAUCAGGCAGCCGGGAUCGCAGCACGUUGCGUCACAAAUUCUUUAACAAUUAGGACAAUUUAACUGAUAAAUUUUCUUACGUAUCUUUUCUUCAUUUUUUCUUUCCUGUACUUCAUCUUCUUUGCUUUUUUCUUUAUCGUAAGUCUAUACGAUAGCUUUUUUGUA